AUGCAUCAAUGGAAAGAGGCUGUGCCUGCUGUGUUCAACCAGUCCAAACAUAGGAACUGUUUGUUUCAUGUCAAGAAAAAGGCAGAAGAGAAGUGUUGCAGGACUUUUGUGAGUAAAGGUGAUCUCCAUGCAGACUUCACUGACAUUGUGCACAACUCCCUCACAGUUGUGGAAUUUGAGAAGCUAUGGCAAGAGAUGGUUGAGAAGUAUGAUAUUGGGAGCGUCAAAUAUUUCAAGAUAAUGUGGAAGGAAAGGAGAAGAUGGGUCCCUGUCUACUUCAAGAAGGAUUUUCUUCCAUUGAUUCACUCCACCUCUCGCAGUGAAGGCAUGAACGCCAUCUUCAAGGACAAUGUAGCGUCAACUUACAAUGUGAUGAGCUUCAUGACAGAAUACCAAAGAAUCUCAGAACGGAUAGAAGACAUGGAGAGGGAGCAAGACUCCAAGACUAGGACGACACAACCAACGUUUUGGGUACACAAUGAACUUGAGGUACAGGCUGCGCAGAUGUACAACCGGCAAAUCUUUUACUUGUUUCAGAAGCAAAUGAAGUUUGCUGCUAACCUCCAUGUGGAUGUCAUCGAAAAUGGCUCAAGAUAUGAAGUUUACAGGUCAAGGAUGCUUGCUGAGAAGGAUUUCAGGACGCGCCGCUAUCUAGUGCUUGCAAACAUCAACCAUGGAGAUUUUGCUUGCAUCUGUGGGAAGUUCCAAAAGGACGGAAUUGUUUGUGCACACAUACUAAGAGUCCUUCAACAGUUGAACAUAUCUGAGCUACCAGAGAAGUAUUAUCUGGAAAGGUGGAAACCAAAGGACAGGAAGUAUGUGAGGCACAAACAGUUUAAUAUACCAAUGGAGCUGACUGAAGGAAGUCGACAUAUGAGGUACACACUUCUCUCCAAAAUGCUGAAUGAAAUGGCUUCCGAUGGUGCACGAACGAACGAGAAGUACUUGUUUGUGGUCAGAGAGGGUGAAAAAAUAUUUGUUGGGCUUGAAGAGAUGACUAGAGCAGAUGAGUUGAGAGAGCUUCAGGCAAAAGGGAUAGUUCAACAAGAAGUCCCUGAGAUACAAGUACCUCAUCCUGAUGGUUACGAUACCUUACAAGACCCAGAUGUUGCAGCUUCUAAAGGACGUCCACGUGGCCGAUACCGCACAGUCAGAGAGAAGUUUCUUGCAAAAAAUCAUGGAUGUUGCAGCCACUGUAACAGCGGGGAACACACUAUAGCUACUUGUGAGAACCUGCACAUUCCCAAGUCCAGGUUCCAGAAGCCAAAGGCGAAAGCAGCAAGCAAAAAAACUACAGGUGGUCCUAGUGUCGAUGUUGAGAAAGAAAGUGGUGCUAAACGUCAGCGAAAGAAGGCGCCUAGCGCAGAAGUGGGAGGGAUGCUCUAGUGAAAAAAGACGACAUGGACAACACAAAUUUGAAAAACACAUUAUAACUUUGUUGUAAUAAAAUUAGACCAUGUGUUACCUGGAAAAUUAUGAUGGCCAAGGUGAAAAGACAGGAAAAUUGCUUCUCCUAUUACUCCUUUGGAUUUUCUAGUGUGUAUUUGCAGUUGCUCUACUAAAAAAUUCCGGUGCU